GUCUACGGCCCUUUUCCUUUCCUUCUCGUUGCUCGCCCAAAUUUACGCAUCUGUCUGUUUUGUUUUCCUUGUUAUUAUUGAUAUUGCGCUGCGAUUUCUUUUCGUGUUUCGUUCACCACGCAGUGGUGUUGAUCACGUCCUGCAUCGAUACCAACACACCAGAUAGACCUACCUACGCACAUACUUACAUAUCGAGCGAGAGAGCGAGAGAGAGUGAUGUCUGUCAGCCCAAGACGGCCGCUUUGACCUCGCUCUCUGUAUACUCUUCACUUGCUGGUGCUCUUCACGUUGAGCGUCGUUUUAAAGAAUAGAGUCCAUAUCAUCCGUUUCUUUUGAGUUGUUGCGGUUGUUGUUGUUGCCUACCCUCCUAUUCGAACGAGAGAUCUACACCAAGCUAUGCACAUACACACGGACCAAAUGUCAAAGGCUGCUGCAGCUCUCGUGUUGGACGCAAGUGUGGCCGACGAUGCGGCGUUUGGCAAAGCAUGCGAGAUAUGCGAAAAGAUUAUCGUGGACAAGAUCGUGUACUCGUCGUCGGAUGAGGUGGCAGUGGUGCUCGCGGGAACACAAGAAUCGCGUAGCACGCUAUACGAAAAGUUUUCCCAUGCACGCUAUCAGCACAUCACGGUCGACAGAGAGCUGGCCCGGGCGUCAAGACGGACGCUGGAGUCGAUCGCCGCUGUUCGUCAGGCCCGACAACGAACCGCGCCGGCGUUGCAAACUCUAUCAUACUCUGCCUUUGACUUCGUUGAGGCUCUCACGGUUGCUGCUGACGUGCUACAGGCAAAGGUGAGUGGAAAGAAGUACACCCGGGCCAUCUACUUCGUCACGGACGCUCGUCACGAGGUUGUCCACAAGGAUGACCUCCAACUGUUAUUCGAUUCCUUGGCAAACGAUCAGGUUGCUCUCGUGGUGGUUGGCAUCGACUUCGACUCCUCUGCUGACGCAGAGAGCAAGAGGGAAGUCCAUGAAAGGUUUAAAAACGUGAAGGAAGAGGAGGAAGAAGCAGAUGCGUCGUGGGGUACGCUGAGCGUGAAGGCGCAGAAUGAAAAGGUCCUGACUGGCCUGUGCGCAGCUCUGGGGACACCCAGCAGCGUGAUCAGCCCAGUCGAAGCCGUGAACAUGCUGUCGCGGCUCCGCUGUCGGCGGGUUCGGCAGCAGCCGCUUCUUCGGAUAAUCCUCUCGAUUGGCGACAUUCAGCUCGCCACGCAGAUUUUCACCUUGACGCAGCAGGAGCGGCUCCCCACGCUGUCGCGCAGCACGCCCGACGGUGCCGACGUCACCCAGACCGUCGCCUACGAAACGGUCUCGUACGUCGACGGAGAGGAGGAACGGCGCGCGGUGUGCAGCGAGGACCUCAUCGAAAGCUUCUUCUUCGGCAUUGACCGUAUUCCUUGCAGCGCGGCGGAUCGCGCGAAGAUGAAAGUAAAGGGCGAGCGUGCGCUGCAGGCGAUCGCGUUUGUGGCGGCGUCGGAGGUGGCGCCGUACCUCCUGAUGGGCGGCACGCGCACCCUCCUCCCCCUCGCUGGAGACCACCAAGGCCAGCGGGGCUACAACGCCCUCGUGGAAGCGAUGGAGGCGAUGGGCAAAGCCAUGGUCGUGCGCCUCGUGCGCGUGUCGGAUGCGGCACCGGUUUUGUGUGCGUGUUUUGCGCAGCGGUGCGACGACGGUGGGGACCUCCCGCGUUGCCUGGUGAUGGCGCCGUUGCCGUUUGCGGAGGACAUUCGGGGGUUUCAGUUUUCAGAGUACCCCGAAUUUCGCUUCACCGCCGCGGAAGAGCAGCAAAUGGAUGACCUGAUUGACGGGUUGACGGUCGACGACACGGUGCUGACCCCGCAAGACACGUUUAAUCCCGUACUGCAACAGUUUUAUGCCAUCCUGGAGGCAAAGCUGAUGUCGAGAGCCACAUCAACGUCUACAGCAGCUACGUCGCCAGUAGAGGUUCCUCGGUUGCCGGCACAGCUGCAGGGAAACUCAACCAACUUCUUCGUGGAAGACAGCGUCGUGUGUGCACGCAUGCGGAAGCACCGCCAUGACCUCGAAGUCUGUGCAGCCCAUUUCCCCUACGAAGAGGACGCCGAUGACGACGCUGAUGAAAACAGUUUUCAUGUGAAGAGAAACACCUUGGUAGCUUCCACUGAAAUGGGCAAGGGAGAUGGAACAGAAGAGGGUCAGGGGGGAAGAGGACUACGCAGUAACGUUCCGUUGUGGCAUAACCGCCGAGAAGGUUUCGCAGCGGAAGGUGGGCCUCAAACCCAACUGGAGCAGCGACGGAUCUUUAGCAAUGCGGAGGCGGUCACUUCUGCCUCCUCCCGUUCAGCGUCGACGGCGGCCGCCCCCAUGUUGCUUCGGGGACGUGAGAGAAACGAUCUCUCUGCAUCGAGCACAUCCUCGUCCCUUGCGCCGUCUGAUCGUGCUACCACCACCUCUACUGUCCCACACAGGGUGCACGAAGAUGUGGCCAGCGCGGCCGUGCCCGGCUCUGUCUCUUCUGCUGAUCCAGUCACGCGCUUCCAUUUCGUUGUAACGCAGCCCAACGUGCAGGCGGCGCAGAUCCGUCACGCGAAGGAUGCGCUGUGCGACGCGGUCAUGGAGCUCGUGCGCGCGAGCGGCGGCAGCGUCGGCACGAAGAGUUCUCUCGACCACAAAUGUGUAGCAUGCAUGGCGGCGUUGCGGGCGUGGUGCUUGGCGGAAAAGGAUGCGGCAUAUUACAACAACUUCUGCGGCAAGCUGACGACAGCAGCGAAGCAGUGUGGCAACCACGAUGACUUCUGGAAGCUGUGCGACAAUGUGCCGCCUAUUACAAGGAAAGAAUGCGAGAACAGCUUGCUGACCGACGACGCGGAUGCAGAGGCUUUCUUACAAAUGGCCAGCUUUUGCGCCAGCCGUUAG